CCUCUCCGCACAUUGGAACACAACAACGCACGAGACGAAAGAUCCUGCACAGAAACAUGUCGUGAGCAGAGUGUGUGGGUSCGGGAACGCGAAGCAAGCCAACAAGUGCGGGUGCUUUGCGCAUGCGGUCCAACCACCCAUUCGCCGUGCGCCGAACCCCCGUAUCCGGUGGGUUCCCGUCGUCGUUGCUGUCGCUGUCGCUGCCUCUGUCGCUGUCCUCUAGGGCCGGGCUCUUGUCGCUGGUGAUGGUGCUACUGCUGGUGCUGCUGCUGAUGACGAUGACGAUGCCGAUGAUGGUCCUGGCCCACCGACAGCGGACGACAAAUGCUUCGUCGUUGGCGCAAGGACGAGGACCACGGAAACGACCCGCGGGACGAUCGCCCGCAGCGCCCCUUGCGUCUGCGAAUCCCAAUUCGAAUCCGAAGGCCACCGAUCUCGCCGCAUCCSUGGCCGAAGGAGGGACACSGCUCGCUGGCGAGAACCACGACGAGGACAGCGGCCACCGCGCAAACAACUACGACGUCUACAUCGUUCUGACCCCGAGCGGGAACUCGAUCGGUCGAGCAAUUGUCGAAGAAGUGGCCGGGCGGCUGUCUUCGCCGCCGWUCUUUCAAAACCACAAUGCCAAUGCCAAUGCCCGCGCAGCGGACAGCGGCGAAAACGAAAGCGAUCAGGAAACCGAGGCAUGUUUUUCCUUCGGCGAAACUUCGCCGCAGUCUCUGGCUCGGGGUGGUGAUCGCCACAACGACAAGCACGACACCGAAAACAGCAAAAGCAAAAUCAAAAGCAACAAUACCAACAGAGCCGGUGCCCUGAAAUCCCCUGCUGUUGCCACAACAACUACAACCAUGAACUUUGUGUGUCUCGUUCGAUGCCCACCGGCCGGAGACGGAAACCCGGGAGCGAUAGGAAGGAAACMAUCAUUUUCAUCAUCGGCAAACACAAACACGCACGAUCUCGGGGACCACGAUUCGCCGUGUUGCACCGUCAUCGACGACGACGACGGGAUGUGCUUCGACCCCCUCGGCAGCGGGCCAGCGAUCCGGACAUCGGCCGAGGCCUGCCUGCGCAGGAUCGUCCGGGCCGUCUCGUYGAGGGUCGGAGACAACCGCGGGGAAAGGAACGAAUCCUCGGCGGUGGAACGCAGAAACCGGGGCCGGGCCGGCAGCGCCUCACCGACGAAACCAGAAACGAGCUCGCGGGUUCGCAUCCGGGGAAUCGUCUUCAAUCCAUACGGAUGCUGCCCACAGGAACAGAAGCAAGCACAUUCACAAGCACAAGAUCACAACGACUCCCGGACUGGUGGUGGCACCGAUCGGUAUGGCUCGGAGCAGAGAGCAACUUCGUCACUGGCGGAGUACAAGCUGCUUUCGAUUGCAAUCUUUCUUGAUGCCGCUCUGUCCAUGAGKACCACGGCCAUCCACUCGGUGGUUYCCGGKCGCCGAGACAAAAACCUCGAAGACGACGAAAUCGACAAGCACCCCAAACACAAAGGCAAACAGARCCACGGCACUASUGGCGGAAGGGCUUCCCUGCGGGCCAUCGUUGUGGGAACCGAAGCGGCUAGGGGACUGCCGCGGAUGGGGAUACCGGUUCCGGACCUCAACGACGACGUCGACGAUUUUUCGAUCCGAAACAGGAUGCUGCGGAACCGGCAGCGGCACAACCACCGGUCUCAUUCGACCGGUGGUGCUCCGUCGCCAUGGGAACGCGACUACGCCGAGAUGAACGCCAUGGCGGUAUUGUACGUCAAGGCCCUAGCGGCCCAAUGGAAUUCCUCCCGGUCCCACGAGACCGGUGGCCACGGCGCCGACCUCGGGGAUUGCUAUGUCGGGACGGUCUCGCCCGGCAUGACGGAMGAGUCCCUCGACGCCGCCCACGUCCCGGCGUCCGGCCGCACGCUGGCGCUUCGGUGCAAGCUGUGGUGCUGCCGCAUCCCCCUCGUCUUUCACUGGCUAAAGGCGAUGGAAAUCGCGAAGGACUCGGCAGAGGGGGCGGCCCUGCUGGUCGACGCCCUUCUGAACGGCCCGAUCGAACGGGGAAAUGGUGGCGGUGGUACUGCUGCUUCUGUUGCUGCUGCCACUGGUGGCAGYCGCGGKUGCCUGUCGUGGGACGAUGCGUAUCCCAGCGGAUCGUUYGUGGGGGCCCGAUCGGGAACGGGAGGYCCGCUGUGCGAGCAAUCCCUGUUGGUCUACAACGCCACCAGUGGGCGCGUUGGGCUCUCUUGCGGCGGUGACGAUGGGCGCGAAGAGCGCYGCCCCGCUGCCGAAAGCCCUAUCGCGGGGCGGACAAACUUUCUCGGCAAUCCACGGUUGCAGGAGUCGGUUUACCGUGUAGUGCGAGAGUUUGUGUCGCUCGCCAAAAACGAAACGACGAGCUGCUAGCACCGCAGAAAUCGGGUACAUGGAUGGUAAAGGGCCACAGC